AGUUUCCAAGCCUGCACUCCUCUAAUGGAAACAAAAGAUGUUUGACCAUAGGGUAUAUCCUCCUUAACUACAGCUAAGCCUUAUAUGAGGUGAUUUAUUUCCUCUAAGCAUGCAUUAAUGUGGUUACAUUUUGCUUUCCAAACUGGUUCAAACUAAAAUAGUAGUCUGAUCGUUAAAUUUCUACCUGGAUGUUGAGACUAUAAAGCAGCAGUGUGUUUUCCAAGAGAUGUUUCUUCUCUGUCCUUUUAUUUUCUCCCCCCCCCCCCGUCCCGAGAAAAGCUACCUUCUUCAAAGUAUUUAAUACAUUUAAUGACCAUAAUUUUUGCACAGAUGUUUCUCGGUGUUUGCAGGUUUUCUGUGUAUUUUUAUAUUACAAAGGAGCCAGCCGCUGCAAUAGCUCAAACUCUGACAAGCAAAUAGAUAAUCAAGAAGACAAAUGACUUCUUUUGUGCUCCAUAGCUCUUGUAUUAAUUUUCAUUUUCUUUCUCAUACAAAGUAUCGAAAAUACUGUUUAGGACGAAAUAGCAUUCCAGUUCUAAGUUACAAAUUUUGCGUGUGUGUGUGUGUGUGUGUGUUUGGAGACGGAUUAGAGACCAUGCAAAGAAAACAGUAAUUUUCUCUUUUAAAUUCCCUACUCCUGUCCCUAAUACGGUCUUAACACGGUUUGUACCUUGGGGCAAAAUCCAGCGGGAUGUUCUCCUGCAAACGCUCCAUUGCAAUGGAGGUCGUAUUCAUUUCAGUGGAGCGUGUGCAGGAGAAGCUCCUGCUGGGUCUUGCUUUGAGCAGUGCGCAGGAAGUAAUUUCCACAUGAAGGUUAAAAUACUCCAGGAACCUUCCCUUAGGCCACUUGCGAUCCAUUACUCAAAUCGUGUGUUACGUUACUGCUUUAUUGUACUAUCAGAACAUAUAUCUCGAUGGGGUUGAUACCGAUGGCCCAAUCCGCCAUGCUCACUGUGAACUUAAUUUUAAUGCGUGUGCAUAACCUCCUCUUCCACAUAAGAUGGCAGACUCUUUCUAUGGGAGUCAGUGCAAAAAAUAAACAGACGAAAACAACCUUAUUGAUUUUCACACCACCUCGGAUUCACAACCCCUUUUACUGUGGAACAACUCCUUAAAGCCAUGAGAGUGAUUGUAGAGCAAAUGGCUUGUUGUGGACAAGCAACCACUGGCCACGAUCCACUCUUCACCUAAUCCAGGAUUUUUUUACGAUAGGGCUACUGCAGAAUGAAUCCAAGGCAGCCAACACUGGUGUGAUCUGAGCUUCUUUACUUGAAAGUACUAUAAAUUGAAAUGAAUGGGGUUAACUUUCGAGUACAGUACUGCGAUGCUUGCAGGAUGUCCUGUGACAACAGCGGCCUUGCAACGCAGCACCUAAGAACUUGGUGCCAAUAAUUUUUUUAGUACCUUCGGUUGGUUUCUAGUCCAUAUUCACCUUACAGCAGACCUUAGUGGGUCGAUACUUGAGGACACCAUGUGAAUUAAGCCCUUAGGCAUUUUGCUGUUGUUUCUUAUGAUGCACGAAAACUACCUCCUGGCAAUGAGGACUUGGGGGACACUUGCCAGUAAAAAAAAGAAGGGUGUUGUUGCACGUGUAUUUCCCUAAUCUAUGCCAGGAUUUUUAUUUAGUUUUACGCGGAAAUAAGUUUGAUUUUUAGGAAGCUGGAGAUAGUAUCCCUCUCCCAAUGGCUACGUUUCCAUUGAUUUCAGUGGUGCUGGGGGGGGCAUGUCUCUUGCGCUUUUCAGGGUUACUUCAAGGCAUUCCCUCUCUCACAUACCCCAAACAAAACUUUUAAAAGCAUAUGCUGGUAAGAAUGUAGCUUCUAUAGAGCCAAAUCAAAGCUGGAGAGGGUGAAUAGGAUUUGGGGUGGAGAUUUCUAUAGGCCCUAAAAGUUCACAAGCAUUGUAAGCAGACAGAAGCUGAGAAAAAUGUGAGAAUUAUACCGAAAAAAUCAUUAAUCAUUUCUUUUAUUCAAAUACUUAUCCUUUUCCUAUUGUUAUUCAACAGCAAACCUCCGCAGACCUUCUGUUGGGAAAAAAAGAGUACCCAGGAGCCUUGAAUCUUUCAAGAUAUCUUCAAGAGAAAAUAUAUAUCUAUAUAUUAAUAUAUAUAGAUAGAUAGAUAGAUAUACACACACACACCUCUAUAUAUCUAUACAUAUUCAAACACACAGACACUUGAACUUUUUUUUUUUACUUUUCACUUUUGUAAAAUGGAAGACUCUACUUCAGACAUGAACACCACCUUUAACCGCCUGGAGAAAAGAUGUGGGAAGCUAAAAAGGCGCAAUUUCGCUCUGUGGUAUCCAAUCGUCAUCUUCCUUCCCAGACAGAAGUCCCCUCCUUUUUCAAAUUGUACUUCUCCAUUAUACCUUCAGGACCAGCAGCCUAGGAACUGGUCAGCUUGCAAAAGACACCGGGGAAGGCCUCCUCACCACGUGACCUUGGGGGUGCCAAUGUCCUUCCAUGAGGGGGUCAGCCAGAGCCUGGUAGCAGCGCGCGAGAACCUCGGGGAGCCCCAGCCAUGCAGAAAACAACCUACUACGACACCUCCACGCUCUUCGGGGGCUACUCCUACCAGGGAGCCAAUGGGUUCGGCUACGAGGGCCCUCCGCCGCAGCCCUUCCAGCCUGCGGCUCACGUGGAGAACCACGACUACCAGAGGCCGGCUUGCACCCUCCAGUCCCUCGGCAACGCCUCCCCUCUGGCCAAAACGAAAGACCUGAACGGGAGCUGCAUGCGCCCCAGCCUGCCUCAGGAGCACCACCCGCCCCCGCCCGUCUCGCCACCCCCCAAUCCUAUCACCGCCACCAACAGCAGCAGCAGCAGCAACGGGGGCGGCAGCAGCAAUAACCACAGCCAGCCUGGGGGGGUCAAAAGCGCCCCCAGCAAAGCCAGCCUGGGCUCUAGUAACGCCGCUCUCGCCAAACAGAUUUUCCCCUGGAUGAAAGAGUCGAGGCAAAACUCCAAGCAGAAAAACAGCUCCCCCAGCGCAGAAAGCUGCAGCGGCGAGAAAAGCCCUCCGGGCAACUCGGCUUCCAAGAGAGCCCGCACGGCCUACACCAGCGCCCAGCUCGUCGAGCUGGAGAAGGAAUUCCAUUUCAACCGAUACCUGUGCCGGCCCCGACGGGUGGAGAUGGCCAACUUGUUGAACCUCAGCGAGAGGCAGAUCAAGAUCUGGUUCCAGAACCGGAGAAUGAAGUACAAGAAGGAUCAGAAGUCGAAAGGUUUGGGCUCCUCUUCCGGGGGCCCAUCCCCGACGGGGAGCCCCCCGCAAGCCAUGCAGUCCUCGGCGGGCUUCCUGGGCGCCCUGCACCCCAUGACCUCGAACUACGACGCCCCGUCUCCGCCCUCCUUCAGCAAACCCCACCAGAAUGCCUACGCCAUGCCCACUGCCUACCAAAACCCCAUCAAAAGCUGCCCCACCCAACAGAAGUACGCCAACACGGCGCCGCCGGAGUACGACCCGCACGUCUUACAGGGUAACGGGGGAGGCGGAUACGGGCCCCCCAAUAUGCAAGGCAGCCCCGUGUACGUGGGCGGGAACUACGUGGACUCCAUGCCCAACUCCGCCCCGUCGCUUUACGGGCUGAACCCCCUCCAGCAUCACCAGCCAGCCAGCAUGGAGUACAACGGGGGGCCCCCUCAAAUGGGCUCCAACCAGCACCAUGGACCUUGCGAGUCCCAUCCGACUUACACAGACCUUUCCACCCACCACGCUUCGACUCAGGGUAGAAUCCAAGAGGCGCCCAAACUGACCCAUCUGUGAUGAGGAGGGGCCGGAUCGGGUGGGGGGUGGGAGUUAACAGACAACUGGGGCGUGGCGGGGGUGGCUGGGUGGGUUGGAUCGGUUUGUUGGUUGUGUUGGUGAGCUUUCGCUCUCUCUCUCUUAAAGGAGCAAGCAAACAAAAAGUAUUUGUGUUGAAACCCUUUAGGAACCCGUCAGAUGUGCCCUGCAAAUCGGAAGGGUUACUCCCUGCCCCUUUCUUCCUUCUGCCCCAGCCUACUAUUGCCCCCCACACCCUGCAAGAGGAGCAGGCGGGAGUCGAUGGGGGGGCGGGGUGUUGGCUUUCUAGGGGCAAGGAGCUAAGCAGCUAGCCUGCCGGUCACGUCAUUUGAUUUGGGAACCUUUCGGCCAAUCCCAUCCUCAGAACUGGGGUGCGUGGAGGAGUGGCUUGUGUUUCCAGGGGGUGGGGCAAAAUGCACUCUGCACAUACAGCACAAAGUCCUUGGCAACUUUCGAAUGUGAGACCUCGUGUUAAAAAGUGGGGAAAGUGGGGGGGGGAGCAGAUCCCUUGACUGGGCCUUAAAGGACCCUAGUUUCAAUUAAGUCCAGCUGAUGGCCAUCACUUAAAUCGAAUGUUGUGAACUCAGCGAGGUUUCUCAGUGAGGAAUCUUCUUUCUUCAGUGGGCAGACUGAGGUGGCAGGGUUCUGGACAGUAGCAUUUCAAACUGCAGGGGGGUGUAUCAUUUUUAUUAAAUGCUCCUGCCCCCCAAAAAAAGUUUAAAACAAAACCCUGCCUGCAGUGAACUAGCACAUAUUCCUGACGUGCUAGAUUUCUACAUACAGGGAGUGUAUCUAUCUUUAAUGAGGGAGCAUUUUAAAAUGCAAUUCCCCAUAUGCAGUUUGAAGUGGUGUAGCUCACCCACCUAGUUCUUUUACUGAGGAAUUACUCUUACUGCUCCCAAGUACAGUAAAUCUACAUUUUAAGCAUCCUCAGUUGGAAAGACAUUCCACUGAGACCAGCAAGACUUCCAAGCUAGAGCAUUUAUGGUUGUGUGUAUGUUUAUAAGGCUUGUAGCCAAGCAACAGUAGCAAACUUUCACACCACACCACCCCCCGCAGAGCAACCCCAGGACUGAGUCCUGCAUGCCACAAAACCAGGGCUCCAAGCCCACCUCUUGAAACCACCCUUUGGUGUGUAACUCCCCGGGUGGCAAAGAACUUGCCUCCCCCUCCCCCUUUCAGGAUCAUGGGUGGGUGGAGUGACGAUACCAAAUGUUGUCACUGCCAGUUACUCCCAAUGAAAAAUGUGUGGCCUUGUGUAUAUGCCCUAGGCAGACCAUAAAAAAGCCGGCAGAAUAAUUUAUUGGUAUAAAUUGAUGUAGCUCCUUUCCUUUAAUACAGAUGAAACUGAUUAAAAUAGGUUGCUCAAGAUUAUCCUACAGAUGUCAGUCCUCAAAGCUUUGGCAAUAACACUUAUUGAAAGCGUUGGAGUUGAUGGACACAAUGGGGGCGGAAUGCUGCUGAAGAUCAUGGAAAUGGAACUCACAGACUUUCUGCUCCUUUUUGGCAUUGUGUCCAUAAGAAUACUCUUCCCAGACCUAAACACCAUUUAGGCUGCUCUCUUAUACAGUAUAUGCUUACCUGGAAGUAAAUCUCAUUGAAUUCACUGGGAAUUCUGGGUAGGCAUAUGUAGGAUUGCACCACAAAUUGUAAUAAAAACCCAUGGGGGGGGGGAGAGAGAAAUGCAUUUAUCUACAAUCUUAGACUACUAAGUAGGUGUUGUAGAGACAAUCAGGUACACAUUUAGAUACAUAGAUAUCAGACAGCAAGGCCAGUUGAUAUUGAGCAAUGAACUUGGGGGGGGCGCUCACCAGUGAAUUUAACCCCCACUUACAAUACACUUUUCAAAACCUGACAAAUAAAUGGACAAUUCCUGAAGUCAAUACAUCCAUUCCCAAUUUGCAUUUUCAACUGAUUUUGGUCCUGGGGUUUCCACACAAAUAUUUUGAAUGUAGAAAAAAUGGGGCUGAUUUUUAUUUAUUUAUUUUGCGGGGGUCGGGGAGGAAUGGAAGAAUCAAACGACACAGAUAGUUUAAUUUCUUUUCUUCUUUUUUUUUAAGGGUAAAAAAAAAGCAAGCAUACAACAUGCACAGCAAAUUGUGGUCGUAGUAGAUCGUGAAUACACCAAUUCGUCUUAAAAGAAGUCGCUUCCGCCCCCCACCCCACAGCUAACCGCAAAAGGGUUUCUUUGAAAAGAAAAAGUCUAAGUCGUUAAGUGGGAAACGGCCUUCCUGAAGUCUUCCAGUCCCUACUCAUCUCCACCACAUACAAACUGUUGAAUUUUCCCUCCUAAGCUGGCUCUCCUCCCCCUUGACCCCUUUCCUCCGCCCACCCUACAGCCCCAUUAUCUAAAAACACCACCCUUGCCAAUUCUUUAGGGCUACCUAUGCUCCUCUCCUUGAAUCCCCACUACCUCCGACAAGGGCUGGGGGAGGGGGAGAGAGAGGAAAGCGAGGUGCCCCUUUGCAAACUAAUUUAUACAGCAAAACUGGGCUUAAAAAAGAAAACAGGGUUUUUUUGUGCAAAAUGUACAAGGGGGCGACAUGAUGAAGAAGAAAAAAAUAGAGACCUUCCUCCCUUACUUCCUUGCGAAGUGGUGGCCUCCCCCCGUUUCUUUGGGGUUCGCUAUGGGUCGGGGGAGCCUCACCUCUAAGGCGUCUUGCGUUCCUUUGCGUCUCUUUUCUUGAACGUGAAAACAGGGUAUAUUUGAGCAGAAACUGUUAUGUCCUCCAAACGGAAGCGGAAGGAAAUGGCCCUUUGGGGAGGGGGCGUGUUUCCUGGCGCUUCCUCUUUGGCCUGGCAUCCUUCUUGCACUUAGAGUUUACAUUUUAAUGGGUAUAUAUACCAACUUUUUGAAGGACACCCAUUGGAGACGUCUUUCAAUGGGGUGUGUGCGCGUGUUCCGGUGAACAUUCAUAUAUAUAAAUAUAUAUAUAUUAUAUAUUUAUUGGUUAUAGCCAGUUUUAAACUAUUUUUUUCUCUUUUGUUGGUUUUGUAUUAUUUAUCCCCAACAUUUAUGUAUUUAUAAGAAAAAUAUGUACUUUUUUUUUAGUAUUUACUUGUUAUAAAGGAAUAUGGUGUUUUUUCCUUGUCAUUGUACAACCAGUUUUUUCCUUUUCUCUUUCUUUUUUUAGUUAUUGUAAUUUAGGGAAAAGCCAGUAGUUACCUUCGUACUUAAAAUAAUGUGUUUAGUUCUACUGGAGGCAUGAAAUCCGAGCCAGGCUGUAAUUGUAUAGUCCUCAGUUAGAAGAACUAGCUAAACCCUUCCUUCCUUUCUCCUCUUCUUCCUCCUCCACCACCACGCCCUCCUCCUCUUUUUUGAAACAUCUUUCUUUGUUCUUUACAGUAGAUAACUUUAUUUAUUUCCUUAAGGGUUGUCUGUUGAACAAUUCUUGAAUAAACUUUCUGUUCUUAA